CCUUAUUUGACCUCGCACCUAUUUUAGCAAACCCCGUAAAUAGUUACUACGCAAAGUAUUAAUUGUUUUUUUUUUCUUUGCACCAACAUCUAGUCGCAGUAAUACUUGAAAGUAUUGCGGUCCUUGUUCAGACAUAAUUGAGUUUCUCUCUGCUUUUCUCUUUCUCUCUCUCUCAAACCUUUCAACCAACAAAUCUUUUCCUUUGUACUACUAAAAUCCACAUUCUAACCAAUACAGCUAAGCUCACAAGCAUGGAAUAUACCCAACCUUCUUUAGCUUCUUUCUAGACUCUGAGUUUUGUUUCUUGAUCAAUGAUCAUGUAGUUUUUGAAGGUAGAAGGUAGAUUGAAACAGAGGAAGAAUACAUAUUCUUUCUUGUUUGUUGAAUUCAAAAAUGAGUCUGUCUUUGACUGUAAUGACGUUUAAUCUGCAUGAAGAUCAAUCAGAAGACAGCCCAGAUUCGUGGGAGAAGAGAAGGGAUUUGUGCAUAAGUGUCAUCACUAGUUACUCCCCUAUCAUUCUUUGUACUCAGCAAGGCGUAAAAACUCAACUGGAUUAUCUUCAGCAGGGCUUGCCAGGUUUGCAGUUUUGGCAGUGGGGCACUCUUCACCUUGUACUGUAUGUCAGUUGUGGCUUUUUCCCUUUUCAACUGUGUUUUCCCACUUCCAACAAGAUAACAUGUUAUGAUCAGUUUGGGGUAUCAAGAAAAGGGCCUCAGGACACUUCAGAUGAACAUUGCACAAUCUUCUAUGACAAGGAGAAGGUAGAGCUGAUUGAAGGUGGAACUUUUUGGUUGUCUGAGUCACCCUCUGUCCCUGGGAGCACAGCUUGGGGUUCUGUAGUUCCAUGUAUUGCAACUUGGGCUACAUUCCAACUUAAAGGAGUUGAGCCACCAGGAUUCUCAUUUCAGGUUGUAAAUACUAACAUGGAUGAGUUCAGUCCUCGUGCUCGUAGACGAAGUGCUUUGCUUACAUGGCAACAUAUUGCAUCCUUACCUCCUAGCUUACCGGUUGUGUAUUGUGGAGGAUUUAACACACCGAAGGAAUCGACUACAGGGCGUUUUCUACUUGGGAGAUCAAGAGAGCAUGGUGUGGUGGGAGACAUGAGGGAUGUGUGGCCCAAUGCCCGGGUGAGGAAAAACGUUUCCCUUAUCCGCACUUAUCACGGCUUUAAAGGUGACAAGCAGGGAGCUCUUGAAUUCCUUAAGUUGAUUUUUAGAGCGCUCUGCCUCUGCUGGGACCGCCAAACUCAGGAUCUACACAUAGACUGGAUUCUUUUUAGGGGUAGAUCUCUGAUACCUGUUUUAUGUGAAGUGGUCAACGACAACAUGGAUGGUUAUUACCCAUCCUCACACUAUCCUAUAUUUGCUGAGUUUCUACUUCCACGUACUGUGAGAUUGAGAGAACCACCUACACGUACACAAGAGGAAAACUAGAAUGCUAUUUGUUUAUAAGCUACACUGUUCUUUUCUACUUUAAAGCUUCAACAUGUUGUCCUUUCUUAUGGGCAUAUAGGUCUGUCUCAAUUCAGCUGGUGACAUUGUCUUCCCGAUUCUUGUGGCCAGAAGGGGAGGGGCGAAAGAGUGAAGGUAUUUUGAAAUUUGAUUCCAGCUUGUGUGUUUCCAGGUCAUUACUUGGGUUACUUUCUAUUCUGCAUUAUGUAGUCCAGGGAAUGGACCAAAAAGGCAGGAGAAAGGGAGCAGAUGUUAGAAAAGAAUGGGCAAUUUUUAUUAUUGUGAACCUUUGCUAGUUUUCGGAAAUUCAUUCUUUUGGUUAUGGAAAUGACCUGUUGUUCUAGGUUGAUGACUA